AUGUACGUCAACGACUGCCCCAGCCACAACUCCAACUGCACCGCCGGAUUCCUCGGCCGCUUCGCCUUCCAGCCGCGCCGCGAGAACCCGCUCCUCGGACCCUCCUACGCCACGUUAGUGAAGAUAGGGGCUCUCGAUGUGCCUAAGGUUGUCCAUGGCCGCAAAGGAUGGUGUCUGAUCACCUGCAUGUGGCUCCAUGCCGGAGUUGUUCAUCUGCUCAUCAACAUCCUCUGCCUCGUAAUCAUCGGCAUACGCCUCGAGCAAGAAUUCGGGUUUGUGAGGAUCGGUGUGGUCUACCUCAUCUCUGGAUUCGGCGGGAGCCUGAUCAUACAGUCCAAUGUCUCCGUCGGCGCCUCGGGUGCUCUGUUCGGCCUCAUUAGAUCCAUGCUCUCUGAACUCAUAACAAACUGGUCACUCUACGCAAACAAGUGCAGUCAUUGUGCUACGAUUCUUGGUUCAGGUGGCGGCGCUGCUAACGCUGGUGCUGGUGAUCGUGGUGAACCUGGCGCUGGGGCUCCUCCCCCGGGUGGACAAUUUCGCCCACAUCGGCGGCCGCAGCUCCUCCGAGGGUACAAUGCGAACGAGCACUGCCCGUGGUGCCACUACCUCAGCUGCGUGCCGACCAAGAGGUGGAGGUGCGACGCGUCGCCGACCACGUGCACGGGUAUGCAGCAGGAGAACACGCUGACCGUUGUCUGCGCCGGCGGCAAGAACCAGACGUACGUCGUCGCGUCGUCCGCGGACGCCACGCAGGGCAGGAUCAACGACCUCUGCAACCAGCUCUGCACCUAG